AUGGACUUUCUCUUCAGUUAUCUCAGGGCUAUUGUUGCCUGCCCAAAACUUCCGUUCGCCGAAGCCGAUCUUGAUUUAGCUUACAUUUCCAGGAGGCUAAUCGUCUGCUCCGGUCCUACCACACACAUUAUUUCUGGUAUUUACCGUAUGCCGUUGCAGAAGUUGAUAGCUUUCUUGGACGCAAAGCAUAGCGGAAACUGGCACAUAUGGAACUUCCGCGCAGAGGAGCCCCAUUAUACCUCCGCCGAUGUUACUGGCCGGGUCUGCUAUUUCCCCUUUCCCGACCACGGUCCCCCUCCAUUUGAUCUCGUUGCUCAAGUGGUUUCCAGCAUUGACCUUUAUUUGAACUUGGAUCCUGCUAACGUUGCCGUGCUCCACUGCAAAGCUGGGAAAGGGCGAUCUGGGUUCAUGUGCUGUGCCUACACUAUAUAUAAAUAUGGCAUCUCUCACUUUCAAGCAAUAUCUACCUUCUCCUUCAAGCGAAUGCGAGUGGGGUAUGGUGACGGGGUGUCGAUAUUGUCCCAGAGAAGAUAUUUGCAGUACUGGGAGACCUAUCUACACCAAGCGGAUGCGUAUGUUCCUAUUCGGGGGAACAUUACGGAAAUCAGCCUUGUAAAACCUCAGUAUCCUGGAAUCACCUUUCAGAUCUACCAGCAUUCGUCUGGUGACACUCCAUUGAAAUUAUUGUACGAUUUUAACUGGACAGAGGGUGAAAAAUUUCAGGACAUCCUUCAAAACUCGAAGCGUAACUUGCUUGUGGCGCCUUCAUCCGUCUUUGGCGAUGGCCCCGUUGAGUUUCUGGGUACGCUCUUGUAUAGCAGCAUGGCAUCAUUUUGGUUUAACCCAUAUUUUGAAACCACAAUCUCCGAGCCGAACGCCACCAAAGUGUUUGCCAAGUGGGAAGAGACAGACGGCUUUAAAGGAACGCACCAGCGAGGCCUCAGACUCUUCGACGCGCUAGAGGUGACAUGGAAUACUGGCGCCGAAUUUUCCUAA